AUGUCUGCCUCGGCCCUGCUCGCCUCGGCGACCCACCCCUCAGAGCUUUACGCUCUCUUCCACUACAUCAUAACGGCCCCCAAAGCGCCCUCCCCAGCAAAAACAAUAAAAUCCCUCACCCCGUCCAGCCCAUCCUACACAUACGCCAAAUGCUACGACUUCCUCAACCUCACAUCCCGCUCAUUCGCCCGCGUCAUCCAGGAACUCGAUGCGGAACUACGACACCCCGUAUGCAUCUUCUAUCUCGUCCUGAGGGGUCUGGAUACUGUUGAGGAUGACAUGACGUUGGGGAUUGAGAGGAAGAAGGAGGUGCUGGAGAAGUUCCAUGAGCUGAUAUAUGUGCCGGGGUGGAAUUUCCAGGAGAGCGGGGAGGGCGAGAAGGAUAGGGCGCUGUUGGUUGAGUUUGAGGUUGUUAUUGCGGAGUUCCUCAAGCUGAAGGAGAGCUACCAACUAAUCAUCGCCGACAUCACAAAACGCAUGGGCCACGGCAUGUCAUCCUACGUCUCCAAACCCACCAGCUCCAAAACCCAGAUCACCAACCCCGCCCACCUCAUCGAGAUCCAAACCACCGCCGAAUACAACCUCUACACCCACUACGUCGCCGGUCUCGUCGGAAUCGGUCUCACCAACCUCUUUGUCGCCUCCGGCCUCGAAAACCCCACCCUCGCGUCGCCCGAACGGGCAGAACUCGCUAACGAGAUGGGUCAGUUCCUGCAGAAGGUCAAUAUUCUGAAAGACUUUUUGGAGGAUUUGAACGAGGGGAGGAUAUUCUGGCCGAAGGACGUGUGGGAAAAGUAUGUACCUGCUGAUGAUAAGGAGGUUGAGGCGCUGGCGAAGGCGGAGAAUCUGGAUAGGGCGUUGGCGUGUUUGAACGCGUUGGUCUUGGAUGCGUUGAAGCUGGUACCGUCGUGUUUGGAGUAUAUGGCCGGGUUGAGGAAUCCUACUGUUUUCCAGUUUUGCGCUAUUCCCCAGAUGAUGGCCAUAGCCUCCCUCAACGAAUUCUUCAACAACCCCGCUAUUUUCCAACGCGUUGGCACGAAGAUCCGCCGCGGUCUCGCCGUCAAGCUUAUGCUCGCGUCGACGGACAUGGACUCGAUCAAGCGCACCUACCACGACUUUGCGCUGUCGAUCAACCAGCGCAAUGCCAAACGCGUGGGGACGAAUAAGGAGGACGAGUCGUUCUUCGGGAUUGCUGUUGCUUGUGCUGAUAUCGUCCGCUGGACCCACAUCCACGACAAAUCCCACCCCUCCUCCGACCUCAACAGCAAGCGCAUCGAUUCCGGGUACGCCCUCGCCGACACGGCCAAAUCCGCCCUCUCUGGCCCCAAAUCAUCCACUUUCUACAACAGCGUUCUGCCCACCAGCUGGGUUGUGUUGCUUGUUGUUGCGGCGGUGGUGGCGGGGUGGGCUAUUUAUGCUGGCGCGAAUGGGGUCUGA